UCUAAUAGUAAUGACAUAACCCCACUCCCGUUGAUUCCCAAGUAAAUUUUAAUUUCUUCGAAAACAUAAAUCGCAACUUGCGUUUAGCUUGACGUUUUUACGCGAGAUGCUGAAGCUAAACCUCGUCGGCCAGUUGCGAUCGACGUACAGGCGCUGCUUGGCCACCGGCCAGUCGCUCCAGGUGAAUCCCGCCGAGGAUGUGGAGCCGGCGUACCCGGUAAUCCGGGAUCCCUCCUUCAAAGCGCGCAAGCAAAAGGAUGCCGCCGACUGGCACGAGGAGAUCCGCCAGGUGGCCACCGUGGAGGAGAAGAUGAUCAAGAUCAAUAUGCCCCGCUACUACGGCUACAAGGUGGUCGACUUCAACGACUCCAAGAUCCCCUACAACGCCCUCCCGCUCACGCAGCACUACACGCGCACGGUUCUCGAGGAUCUGGUGGUGCCCUCCGUCUCCGCCUCUGAAUCUCCAGAGGAUGCCAGCGAGGAUUCCCUGCUGAAGGCGACCCGCGAGGAGGUCAUCGAAGCCCUCGAGUUUGCCCACGACUACUACAGGCACCUGGAGACUCCAACUAGCCCCGUGGAACGUGAGCGCCUCCUGACGCAGAUCAUCGUGGAGCAGCUGAACAGGACUCUUCUUCAGGCCCUUGGCGAGGAGUACAAACACUUGGCCGAAGCCGAGGUGGACUACAAUCCGCGGCACGAGGCCUUCUGGGCCGUCGGAGGCGUGGAUCCGCCCAAGAACGUGCAGCAGUCGAAGAAGGGACGCGAGUGGCAGAAGGAGGAGGCCAACGAGUCGGUCGAUCGACUGGUUCAGUACAAGGGAAGGCCAUAUCUUUCGCUGCGCCACCGCCGACAAUUGGCGCCUUGGAAGACGCCGGCGGAAAGCGAGAAUCCCGCGCUAAGCCAGCAAUUGCCGAGGUUCAGGCACGAUCCGCGCACUCUGGGCUACAGCACCGGGCAUCAGCAUGCCACCAAUGUGCCGGGCUACUGGCCCAAGGGAAACGAGCAGAACUUCGGCCUCCUCUCGUUUCAGUCGCGCGCCCAUUUGCAGCUGCGACCGCAGUCGUUUGGGGAGCAGGAUCAGCAGGAGGCCCUGCAUGCGCUGGCCAUCAAAUCGUCGUACGCCUGGCUGUUGGCACAGGCCAACUACAAUGGCUUCAACACCUACAACGAACUGACGUAUCCUUUGAACACGCAGACUGUGAUCACCAACGGCAGGGAGUGGAGCUUCUACGAGUAUCAGUUGAACACGCUGCUGCUGCACGGCAGCCACGAGCAGGAAAAUCCGCGGGUGAACUUCUGUCGCGGCACGAGGCCACUGCCGCUCUACGCUGAGAUCUCGGAGCAGGGCAAGUGCGUGGAUUUCAACGACACGACGCUAAGGCAGCUGCUCAACUUCUAUGUGAAUGUGCCCACCGUUCAGCGGAGUUUGGAGGAGCAACAGCCGUAUGUGGCCUCCGAUAUCUCCGCCUACGAGAACGAGGAGCAGCGCGACUUUAUUAGCAAAACCUUCAAGCAUCUGGCCUCGAACCGACCGCGACAUUUGGAGCUACCCGAAAUCUACCUGUGGGAGAAGCUCUACAAGAUCGACAACAAGAAUCGCGCCAUGGAGGCCAAGCGGCGCUUCUUCGAGCUGGACAUCAAUCCGUGGCAGCGAACGCUCGACACGCACGACAAGGAGUACGUGCCGCGGGCAGCACGACCGGGUGUCCGCAAGCAGGAGAACAGAUUCAAAAAGACCUACUACCCCUGAAUAAAUACGAGUUAAGCCUGUUAUAAAUCGCUGCAUUUUUUAAUAAAAGAUUCGGCGGAUUGAAAAAAUUGAUCGUUAGUAAAACAGUUUAGUCCUAUUUUAACUUGUAGUUUAUAAAUUUGUUUUGUUUUUAAGAUUUAUAGAGGACCUUUUAAUUAUAUAAACCCUUGUGCCUUUUUGUUUACAU